CCCCCGGUCGGUCCCAGCCGCGGGGAGCGCGCUGCGCUGGGGCCGAGCCGGGUAGGGAGGCCGGUCCCGCGGGCGGGGGCGGGGCCGGCUCCGCGGCUUCUCCCGCCGCCGCCGCCAAGGGGAGUUUCCAGGAAGUGGCCAUAUUGGAUCCAUUCAGCCGCAGCCGCCCGGGCGGAGCGCGUCCCGCAGCCGGCUUGUCCCUGCCGCGGCCCCGGCGCUCUCCGCAACCCGCCCGCCCGGUGCGCAGCUCGCCAUGGCGGCCACCGACUUGGAACACGUCUCGAACGCAGAGCCUGAGCCCCGGAGCCUGUCCCUGGGCGGCCAUGUUGGGUUCGACAGCCUCCCCGACCAGCUGGUCAGCAAGUCAGUCACUCAGGGGUUCAGCUUCAACAUUCUCUGUGUGGGGGAAACCGGGAUCGGCAAGUCCACGCUAAUGAAUACACUCUUCAACACGACCUUUGAGACAGAAGAAGCUAGCCACCAUGAAGAGUGUGUGCGCCUGCGGCCUCAGACCUAUGACCUCCAAGAGAGUAACGUUCAUCUCAAACUGACCAUCGUGGAUGCCGUGGGCUUUGGGGAUCAGAUCAACAAGGAUGACAGUUACAGGCCCAUAGUUGACUACAUCGACGCGCAGUUUGAAAGCUAUCUACAGGAGGAGUUGAAGAUCCGCCGUUCCCUCUUUGACUACCACGACACGAGGAUCCACGUCUGCCUCUACUUUAUCACACCCACCGGGCACUCCCUGAAGUCCCUGGAUCUGGUGACCAUGAAGAAACUAGAUAGCAAGGUGAACAUAAUCCCCAUCAUUGCCAAGGCUGACACCAUCUCCAAGAGCGAGCUCCACAAGUUCAAGAUCAAGAUCAUGGGUGAGCUGGUCAGCAAUGGCGUCCAGAUCUACCAGUUUCCCACCGACGACGAGGCUGUUGCCGAGAUCAAUGCGGUCAUGAACGCACACCUGCCCUUUGCCGUGGUGGGCAGCACAGAGGAGGUGAAGGUGGGGAACAAGCUGGUUCGGGCUCGACAGUACCCCUGGGGUGUGGUGCAGGUGGAGAAUGAGAAUCACUGUGACUUCGUGAAGUUGCGGGAGAUGCUGAUCCGGGUGAACAUGGAGGACCUGCGCGAGCAGACGCACAGUCGGCACUACGAGCUCUACCGGCGCUGCAAGUUGGAGGAGAUGGGCUUCCAGGACAGCGACGGUGACAGCCAGCCCUUCAGCCUCCAAGAGACGUAUGAGGCAAAGAGGAAGGAGUUCCUGAGCGAGCUGCAGAGGAAGGAGGAAGAGAUGAGACAGAUGUUUGUCAACAAAGUGAAGGAGACAGAGCUUGAGUUGAAGGAGAAGGAACGGGAGCUCCAUGAGAAGUUUGAGCACCUGAAGCGAAUCCACCAGGAGGAGAAGCGCAAGGUAGAGGAGAAGCGCAGGGAGCUAGAAGAGGAGACGAAUGCCUUCAACUGCCGGAAGGCGGCCAUGGAGGCCCUACAGUCACAGGCCUUACAUGCCACUUCACAGCAGCCUCUGAGGAAGGACAAGGACAAGAAGAAUUAAAGCACGCACAGACUUACAUGUCAAGAGCGGACUUUAGGCUUUCAUGUUAAACUGCUUGAGUUACACCUUGUGGCCCUUCUCCCAUAACAUGGUGUGAGGAUGGACUGGGAGCCGGUACCGACUCCGUGUUUACAGCCCUGCCUUGUCCCCACCUGCUGGCCUUCAGGCUGCCUGGGCCCGGUCAGCUACCCUCCUCUAUGCAAAUGCGUCAAAGCCAUGAAUGCUGGAAUCCAAAACUGACGAGGUUUAUUUUUUCCAGAGCCGGUGGCUGGUCUUCCAUUUACAGUGUCACUAUUCCUUGACUGAGCAGUCAUGUGCCGCUCUGGUGAUGGCCCCAGCCAGUGAUGCAGGCCUAAUAGUUCAUCGGCAAGCCUGCGACUCAUGUGGUGCCUGCCCUGGGCGUGGCCUGCGGUCUGGUAGAUACAUGCUGCAGAACUCGCCUGGUUCCUCUUUAUUUUAAAUUUUCUAACCUAGAGCUUAAUUUCAAUAACUUUUUCAACAUUUCUAAAUUUUUAUUUUGGCACCAAUAUAAAGAGACAAAUAAUAUCUUCUCAUUAUUUUCAUAAGUAACACAGAUUCCCUGAUUUUUUUUUUUAAACUAAAAAGAUCUCUAAACCUUCUUACAUAGAAAGCACCCCUAUAAUAUAUAGGGAGAAGUAGGAAAUAAAGUUCCUAUUCUGCCAGUGUUUGGGACUUCUUUAUGGACAGAAGUGGGUCGGAACGAGACCACGUCCUGCGUUUUUACUGUGAAUGUAAAUGGAACAGCAGCCCCACCCACACCCUUGUCUCUGCCCUAGAGGUGCUACUUGUGACAGGGACCAAGUACAUGCAUGUUCAGUGUUCGACUCCACAACAGCCACCUGCUCCCAACUAGUGUGCUCAGUGGGGAGAAGGCUGUCACGUCAAGGUCAUUGUUACUUCUUUCCUGGCCGAGUCACAGGGCAGGGAAAUAAAGGUGUCUGAAGUAUUAGGACAAUCUGAGAGGGAAGGAGAGAGAAGAAAGGUGACACGCUGGAGACUAAGACUGUCCCCUCCAGCUGCACUUCCCAGUGCACACCAGGUGACAGUACAGUCCUGUCCUGGCAGCGCUUGGGAGGUAGGAUGCCAGAGGCCGGCCUCAAUUACACGGUGACGUGGGGCCAGCUUGGUCUAUUUGAGACCCUGUCUCAGAAACAAAAUGAAAAUGAGAAAAGUGCUAGCAGCCAUUUUGUUCUGCUCCUGGUGGUUUGCAAGCCUCAGGGUUGAAAAUGGGGAUGAAGACUGAUGUACUUAGUAUCAGUGCAGCACCAGCCUGGGCUCUGCGCCCUCCCCAGUCCAAGAAGAUACACUUCAUUCUGAAGAGCUCAUCACCCAGUGGGCCCCUCGCUGAGAACCAGAGGGGGCUACACUGAAUUGAGCUGUUUUCAGGUUUUGACCCCCAUCUCCCUCCCACCACUGCCAGGCUUGCCUCAUGUCUCCCAGGACCAGUCUGGCUUCUUCUGAUAUGGUGGUUCAUUCAGAAUGAGCUGGAGGCAGAAGGUGGUUGUGAGUUCUUUGAGGCACAACUCCCCACAGGCCAACUGUACCCGUGAGAGGUGUCUCACAGUAGGAGAGUAAGGUUGUUGAUGCUGUGAGGAAGAAGAUCCCCCAUGAGCCAGGGUGGAUUCUGGCCACAGGGCUGGACACUUGAACUACUUACAAAGACAGUUUUAAGAAUAUGAGGUUAGGUUCGGGGGCCCUGGAAACUUCUGGAGCUUCCUAGCUAGUCUGCCUCUGGUCAUGGCGGGCAGAACUGAUGCUGGACUUUAGUAUCUGAGGCAGAGGUGAACUGCAGGCCAGUGGCUCCUCUUAGGGAAGCUGUGUAUGUAUUCACUUAGGCCAAAGCCUGACCUUCAGAGCAGCCUCUCCUAGCCAAUCUAUUCCAGAGACCAGGCUGAGCCAGCGGGCCCACUGGUUGUAUGAAAAACAGGAUUGCAAGCUCAUAGUCCAUGCAGAGAACUCCGAGGCCAGCACAUUCUACCCCCAGCCCCUCCCUGCUGCUCACCAAACAUGGGGGCACUGGAAGGUUGCUUGCCGUGCCCACCUUUGGUCUAAAGCUUGCCAGCGUCCCUAGGGAAACCUGACUUGCAUUUUCUAGGGUUUAAGGUCCCCCUGGAUGGAUCCCAUCGGCUGUGGCAAGCUCUUCCCCUGUGUGGAGUUUUGUUAUCUUUCUUUAGCGGAGGUUAAUUAAUCUUUGUCAUGCAAGAAAACUAUGAAGCUUGCCCCUUGAGGCAUGUGCCCCAAUCACAGCUGGGGUUCACGCCUGUUUUUCCCGUCACCUGUUGGCUUCAGGAGGACUGCCGUAGGGUCCCAUUGACAUCUACCAUUAUGUCUUCCUUCGGUCAUUUUGUUUUGUGUGAGUUAUGGUCAACCUGUACUUUUGAGAGGGAAAAGAUGCUGUUGAUAAUCCUGUCAGCUCCUCAGGCACUCAGUAGGCUGAGGCAGGAGAAUCAAAAGUUCAAGGCCAUAGUGAGCCACUUUGCAAGACCCUAUGUCAAAAUUAAAUACAUACACCACACACACACACAUACAAACACACACACAUUUAUAUAUACAUAUAUGUGUAUGUAUGUAUAUAUACCUAUUACAUAUAUAUAUAUAUAUAUAUAUAUAUAUGCUGGUCAUGUGACUCAUGGCAAGAGAAUGUGUCUAGUAUAAUUGGGGACCAAGUUCUCUCCCCAGCACUAAGAAAAGAAAGCCAAGUCAACAGUCACCAAGCAGAUACAUCCUGGGCCAACCAGGAUGUGUAUUCUCCCUUUUGCUGAGUGGCAUGAAUUCUGGCACCUGUGACUGCAGACUGACCCUGCAUAUGUUCCUGUGUGUUUGUGUAGACUCUCCUUGUUUGGGGCUCACACUGGGUAAGAGACCCAGGACGGCCAGCUUGCUUGUCUGUUACGUUACCAUGCAUUUCUAAAACCACUCCAGCUGUUAAUCUGUUUACGCCUCCAUCCGUGGACUUGUUUCUGUUCCUUUCCAUACACGUUGUACUCAUUUGUUUUCAUUAAAUUUUGCAUUUAUUUUGA